AUGGAACACCUGAACGCAAGGAUCGACAGCGAAAUCCUCGCGAAACCAGUGACGGCUAAACUACCGCACCAGCUAUGCGGCGACGCGCUCGAGGCGUGCGAGUUGAUGAUUACUAAAUUUGGCGAUAAGAACGACCAGGCGGCCAAGGCGAAGAUCUCGUCGCUGCAAGAUUUGUUGAAGCUUGCGCCGCCGGCGUCAGCUAGUGAGCUUGUUACGGCUGUGUUUUCUCACCCUGCGGUGCCGGUUGGCAAUGAGCUUCUACGGCGAUAUUUCCUGCUCCGGCCGGAUACAGACCGUGCUAUCGGCGCUAUGCGCGCGUUCUACCAGAACCCCGCCAACAGCAAGACCGGCGCUGUGAUUGAGAAGGAGACGUUUAUGAUUCCGUUUAGGAAGACACUGCGGGAAGAGGACGUCGACGGCGCGUUCAAGAUCCUCGAUUUGACUGCCGCCAGUCCGCAAUGGCUCAGCAACGUCAAGCGGCAGUGGGGUAGAGCAGCAGCCUGGUGGGCGGGCGGGUUUCUUGCAACGAUUCAACUAUCUGACUUGUUUGUGACUUCGGAUUUGAUUGCGGUGGGAGGUCUUGAGGGUGGGUUUGUGGUCAAGACUCUGGUGGGUGUAUACUUGGUAAACUCGACCUUGCUCGGUCUUGUCGCCUGUGCGUCUAGGCCGGGCGACAACGGCGGCCGGGUUAGUUGGCGCAACGGCGUGUUUCAGAACAAAUGGUACCUGCACGCGCAAGAAUCCCGCAUGCUGAGCCAGAUCGUGGACAUGGACCAGCUCCGGCUCGAGAACGACGGCGAGGUGUCUGCCCGCGUGCUGUACGAGCUCGACGCGCGGCAGCGGAGACUCAGCGACAACGCGGACGAUAUCAUGCUGAAGGAGUACUGGGCGAAGCAGGGACAGGGGUUUGAGUGGGUUGAGCCGGAUAUCGAUCCUGCCGAGGAAGAGAAGAUUGCUCGUGAUAAUUUGAAGCGGAAGACGAAGGGGAUCGCGGAUGGGCAUCAUGAGCGCAUGCAGGAGCAGUAUAUCGAGGGUGAGCAGGACGAUGGGUGGAUCCAGAGAGUUUUGCAGAAGGAUAUGUGA